CAUCCGAUGGGACAGCGCGGAUAUGGAGCUUGGACACAGGCAAACUUGUGGCUGGUCCAUUCAAAUGUGGUGAUUAUAUAGACACACUUCGAUUCUCGGAAGACUCGAGGAAACUGGCAGUGAUGUCAAAUUGGGGCGAGUGCCUUCAGAGCUCCUGAUUAUUAUUGGCCAACUCCGCCGUUAUUUUGGACAACCAAAGACAAAUCCAUCAUAGCUGCACCCUGCUUCAUGGAUGACUCCACCAUCGAGGGACCCAAGACAAUCUAUGAGUUCGACGCGUCCACGCUCGAGACUGUCAGAGAUCCCUUCGAAGGGCACACCGGGAGCAUCUGUGGUCUAACACUCUCCUCCGAUUGUGUUCUUCUCGCCAGUGCUUCCUACGAUACCAUCAAGCUCUGGUCCUUCGAGUCCCGUCAGCUCCUCGCCUCAUUCGACGUCCAAGCUCCUUAUUCCCUUGCACUCUCACCCGACUCAUGCCAACUGGCUUACACGACACGUGAUGAGCCUAAUAUCUACAUAUGCGACAUUCCAGUCAACAUCCUCGCUAGCAUCGGACUUGCAAAAGAGACAAGCGGUCCUGAAUCCUCACACCUCGCUAAACUGCUCAACUCUGACGCAACACGCCAUACUAUACAAUUGACCACCCACAACCCGUUUUUCUCGGCUUUCUACGCAAACUUCUCUCUUCUUCUCGUACGGAUCCAGUUCGUCCCACCUGCACCAAUGAGUCUCGUAAUCCCUUGGACUUUCCUGCUACUGCGCCUUUGCCUCGUCCACUCAUAAAUCCCCACGAGAACUUUCGAUCACCGACUACCCAAUCCUCUG